UAGCAUCACCCCCCUCCCUCGGACACGCUGUACUCCAACCCUCCAGCAGCAGCUUUAUACCCGCAUCGGUCUGUCAGUGUGUGCUGGUCUGACUGGGAGGAGGUGGAUCUAUACCUACUGGUACUGGUGGUCUGAGUGGAGCUUCAGCAGACCUUUACGUGCAGAUUGCCAACGGCGGAUUGUUUGUGGGGGGAAAUCAGGAUCCCUGCCAACGUCAUCCUCUCAUCCACCAGUUUAUUUAUUUAUCAUCGGGGCUUUUCUACUCUGACAGCCACACAGCCGUCACCAUCGUCACCAUCACAGGCUGGGAGGCUGUGGGAAGAAGUCGCCCUGCAGCCGGGGGCUUUGGUCUGGGUCGCCUUUUUAAAGCCUCCAUCCACCCCCGAGUGUGUGAAGAAACACCCCGCAGAAGGAGUACUAUUCUGGGGGCUGAGGGAACCGCCGAAUAUCCAUGAGCUCCGAUUUUCCGCACUACAGUUUCAGGAUGCCAAAUAUAGGGUUCCAAAAUCUUCCCCUAAAUAUCUACAUUGUGGUGUUUGGGACGGCCAUCUUUGUCUUCAUCCUCAGCCUCCUCUUCUGCUGCUACUUAAUAAGGUUACGGCACCAGGCGCACAAAGAGCUUUAUGCAUACAAACAAGUCAUCCAGAAGGAAAAAGUGAAAGAAUUAAAUUUGCAUGAGAUUUGUGCCGUGUGCUUGGAGGAGUUCAAACAGAAAGACGAGCUGGGGAUUUGUCCGUGCAAACAUGCCUUUCAUAGGAAGUGCCUCAUUAAGUGGUUGGAGGUGAGGAAAGUGUGCCCGCUGUGCAACAUGCCCGUCCUGCAGCUCGCCCAGCAGGCCGGCAGCACGGAUCCCCCUGUGCCAAUACAGCAGCCUCUACCCGGCAUCGAGAACCUGGUGUAGCAGACUCAAUCCCUCUCUUAUAUUACACUACAAACACACACAAACACACAUCCCAUCACUCAUACUCUCACAUGUACAGGUACACUGUUGGUAUGAGUCUGUGGACAGAGCAGAGAAACUGGAGUCCAUGCGCAGAUGCUCACAAAAACUCUGCAGCCAUCGUCACCCCUCGUAUCCUUGCAUUGGGUCACAGAAGGAUUUCCUGAUAUCAGUUCUGACUGAUAAUCAGCUCUUUUCAUGUUUUUCUUUUCGCGGACAAAUGAAGAAGAGUCGAUCUAGAAGAAGUUUCCUUCUUGGCCAAUACGGGGUCGAUAACUUUUUCUCAACCAAAGCACUUUUCUGGGGACACUAGCUAAAGACCAGGAGGAAAAAAAACACAAAAGCCAAGAACUACAAUAAACUAAAAUACAAAUUGUUUAACUUUUUCUUUUUUUAACAAGCACUUUAUGAGAAGGCAAACCUUAAUUGCUUGUGAUCCUAGUAGCAAGGUUGUGUUUUAUAUUUUAUCAUUAACUAUUAUUUCUUUGUACAGUACAAAGCCACAUGGGCUUUUAUUUUUAAUUAGUAAAUUAGUAAACUUUGAUUUGUAAAAAAAAAAAAAUCUCAAAGGGACAA